GGCCUCCGUCGGCGUUUGCUUCCCCGAUUUCUGAGUCUCAAUUGCCGACACAGCGGAGUCUUAGCCGCUUGUGUAGCCGCUUUUCCUCCCGAUGACUGCAGGACGCAGUAACACAUGUACGCGCCUUUGGAAAUGCCUCUUCACAUCAAGCAUUUUUUAUCUCUUGAGAAGCCUCCUCUCUACGAUUGAAAUAUCGCAUUGAGAUUUACUGACAAUGGCUCAAGCAAAUGGAUCUGGUGCAAAUAGCAAGAUCAAUGCAUCAGUGCUCCACGGGGCCAAGGACCUAAGAAUUGAGCAACGAGGAAUCUUCCCUCCGGAUCCACAUGAGGUUCAAGUCUCUGUCCGCGCGACUGGGUUAUGCGGCUCCGACCUCCACUAUUACCGCCACGGUCGCAAUGGAGAUAUCAUCAUGAAAGAGCCCAUGUCGCUCGGACAUGAAUCUGCUGGAGUAGUGGUAGCUGUGGGAUCAAAAGUGACGGACCUCAAGGUCGGAGAUAAAGUGGCCAUGGAGGUCGGACUCCCUUGCACACAAUGCGAGAGAUGCGCCGAAGGACGGUACAACAUCUGCAAAGACAUGCGCUUCGCUGCUUCGGCAAGAAACUUUCCACAUACGCAGGGUACUCUAAGGGAUAGGAUGAAUCAUCCAGCGAAGAUGUGCCACAAGCUUCCUGAAAAUGUUUCCUUGGAUCUGGGGGCACUACUAGAGCCACUAGGUGUUGCUAUCCACGGCACGAGACGAGCUCAAAUUAGCACAGGUUGCACAGCGGUGGUGUUCGGCGCUGGUGCUGUCGGCCUGCUUGUCGCAGCAAUGACUAAGAUCUCCGGUGCUGGCACCGUAGUCAUUGCAGAUAUAGAUCCAGGACGAGUGAACUUUGCAGUGCAGCACAAUUUUGCGGACCAUGGAUACACUGUCCCCAUGAAGAGGGGGAAUACGAUCGAGGAGCAGUUUGACAUUGCUCGUGAGACGGCAGGCAACAUUGGCAAGAUCCAGCGCACAAGACCAGAUACCCUCGUCGGAGAGGCUGAUGUUUCAUUCGAAUGCACAGGUGUUGCGUCAUGCCUGCAAGCAGCCAUCUUCUCGACGCGACCGGGUGGAAGAGUCAUGAUGAUCGGAAUGGGCACGCCGAUUCAGACUCUUCCAAUCUCAGCUGCUGCUCUACGAGAAGUUGAUCUCGUGGGCGUCUUCCGCUAUGCGAACACGUAUCCUACUGGGAUUGAGGUUGUGUCGAAGACCGGUCCGAAUUAUCCUCAAUUCUCCAAGAUGAUAACGCAUCGUUACGCCGGAUUAGACAACGUAGAGAAAGCAUUCGAGAUGGCAGCGAAAACGAAAGACGAUAAAGGUGAACUGGUAUUGAAAGUGAUGAUUGAUAUGGACGAUAGUGACAAGGCUAGGCUUUGAAGUAUCUGAUUGUUUAUGUCUUGCAUAUAAUGGGGAGUAUGGAUCUAGGAGCUGCGUUAGUUGUCACAGAAUACAUACCAUUGAGGACCCCGCGACAUUCAUGCGAUCAGUCACCAACAGAACCAAGCGAUGUUGUUCGAAUGUCGAUGUGUA